AUGUGGUGGCUCGGGAGAUCGCAGCGUGUAGUUCGUAGUAGAAUUCACGCACUUCAGCUGGAAAUAUGGCACUCAUAUAAUACUAGCACAGCAGUGCGGAGGCCCUUGCGUGUCCGUUUUGCGCCGUCACCCACCGGCUACCUUCAUGUGGGUGGACUCCGGACAGCUUUACUGAAUCAGUUGUGCGCGAGACGCAACGGUGGCCAGUGGAUUCUUCGUAUUGAGGACACGGAUCAAUCAAGGGUCGUGGAUGGUGCUGUGACUGCACUACAAGAAUCUUUGCGCUGGGCAGGUCUCGAGUACGACGAGGGACCCGACGUUGGCGGUCCCUACGGUCCAUAUGUUCAGUCGCAGCGCUUGGACAAGUAUACUGCCUAUGCAAACAAGUUGCUUCAAAGCGGACAUGCGUAUCGAGAUUUUCGGCCUCCGACACAGCGUGAAGAGAAUGCUCGAGCAUCAGCACUUUUGCGAGAAGCCUACUUGCCUCCCAGUGAAGCAGAAGCUCAGGAACGAAUCGGGCGUGGCGAGACAUUCGUGGUACGCCUCAAGAUGGAUCCACAACGCACGUACGUCUACAACGACGUGGUGUACGGUGCCAUGAAAUUCCGGCCCGAUGUUAUGAGCGGCGCCACGGACGAUCCUAUUAUCGUGAAGAGCGACGGUUGGCCAACGUAUCAUUUAGCGAGCGUUGUCGAUGACACAGAAAUGCGUAUCACGCACGUGCUACGUGGUGAAGAAUGGAUUCCAUCCAUGCCAAAACACCUUGCGCUGUACGAAGCGCUGGGUGCACCACCGCCUGUGUUUGUCCACUUGCCACUACUUGUCAAUGCUGAUGGAACGAAACUUUCGAAGCGUUCCGGUGAUGUGCGCGUCACUGAUUACCAGGAACGUGGCUGGGAGCCCGAGACACUCGUGAAUCUCGUUGCGCUCACUGGAUAUAGUCAUGCCGAUGUGGAUCGGGCAGACCAGGACGUCAAGACAAUGGAUGAGCUGACCGAACAAUUUGAUCUCACACGCAUCUCUCAUACAAGGUCCACACUUCCACUCGACAAGCUUGCUUACCUGAAUAAACAUCACCUUCGUUGCAAGCUAGAGCGCGCGAGAGAUUGUGAGAAAACACGGUAUAAUAUCGUCAAGAUCCGUCUUCGGCCCAUAUUAGAUCGCCUUGUUUCAACAAACGCGUAA